GCCACGCCCUCUUCUUCUCCCUCCUCCCCAUCGCUACCUCGCCGCCCUUCACGUCCUCUUUGAUGUCCCACUUCGGCCUCACGCAUUCCCAGCCACCGCUGGCCUCCCGGCACGCUGCCAACACUUCGCCGACGUCUGCCUGAGGAUAAUGUCGGCCACGCCCACCUUCUCCCCCCGCCUGCGCGAUGCCGCCCCCCAGCUGCGCUCCAGCAGACCUACCGCUGCCCGCACCAACACGCCCGCGUCUGUAGGCCAAGCUUUGCCGCCGAUGCGGCCUCACGAUAGUCGAACACCGGCCCACAUCCCCCCGACGCCCCAGACACCAAGCCCCAAUUACUUCGGCUUGACGGUAGACCCGGCCGCGGACUGCUUCUCCUCGAGCGCUGCGCAGCACGUUCGAGGCAACUGGAGCCCUCCUACGUCCAAAGUGCGGUCCACCGUCGCCGCCUCGCCCCGCGUCAUCCCCGUUGAUCAGAACCCCGAGUUCGAGCAAUUCCGCCGGCAGUCUGAGCACAGCGCGCAAUUCAACUUGGGUCGGCUCUCCGAUUUUGGCUUAGGCCAGCCACCGACCUCGAUACCUUCCAACCGCCCGGCCUUUAUUGCUGCGGAUCCCGCCCCGUCCCCUAAAUCCGCUCUCCCGACAUCGCCAAAAGCGUCGUCAAAUACUGAAAGUGGGAAGGCAGUAGAAUACCUCGCGAAGCCCCGAUCGCCCAAGCGUCUGCUCUCCUCCGACUCAUCGCUCUUCCCAGACCGUCCUCGACGCAACUCCCCCGCUAGUUUUACCGAAGAAUCGCUACGAUCCGCAAAGGAAGUUGCUUUCUUAGACUCCGGCCACCAAAGGCCAUCCCUGCCCGCGUCGAAAUCUCACCUUGCCUUUUCUCUCUCGAACCACCGGGCUGAGACCCUGCCAGCUCAUCCUGAGUCUGACGGCAAGGUCGAGGGUCCAGUCUUCGUGACUCCACAGCAUGUAGUGAACCUUCUGGACUCGGCAGAAGAUGAGAUAUUACUGCUAGAUUUGCGUGUUUCUACGCAGUAUGCACGUUCUCGGAUUGUAGGAGCCUUGAGUCUCUGCGUCCCGACCACUCUCCUCAAACGAGUUUCAUUUAACGUCCAGAAACUUGCCGAGACUUUUAAAGAUUACGACCACAGAGAAAAAUUUGAGAGGUGGAGGAGCAGCAAAUACAUUAUAGUGUACGACUCCGACUCCUCACAGUUGAAAGAUGCCGCGGCUUGUGUCAAUAUUCUGAAGAAAUUCACCAACGAGGACUGGAAGGGCAGCUCUUAUAUCAUACGAGGCGGCUUCUCGGACUUUUUCAACAAGUUCCCAUCACUAGUAGCAAGCAGUUCCUCCAGUGGCUCGACAUCUUCGUCCUCGCCUCUUAGUAUAGAUUCCAGUGGCCCCGCAGUUGCACCUGUCGUCGGGGGCUGUCCGUUGCCCGCUACCCAGAACGCCGCGAACCCCUUCUUUGGAAACAUUAGGCAGAACAUGGAUCUCAUUGGCGGAGUCGGCCAGAUGCCGAUCAAACACCCAGCAGCAUUGACCGCGCAAGUGGAAGCUGAAUUGCCAAGUUGGCUGCGAAAGGCAGUAGACACCCACGAUAAUGGGAAGCUCGUAUCGGAUAAGUUUCUGCAUAUCGAAAAGAGAGAGCAGAAACGAAUGCAAGAGGCUUUAUCCAGCAAAGUAGUCUACGGUACUCCAACUCCUGAGGUAGUCAAUGUGGUACGGAUUGCGGGUAUAGAGAAGGGGUCAAAAAACCGGUACAACAGCAUAUGGCCAUAUGAGCACUCUAGAGUCAAAUUACAGGGUGUCUCCGACGGUGCUUGUGAUUAUGUCAAUGCGAAUCACGUCCAGGCCAGUUGGACGAACAAGCGUUAUAUCGCAACGCAAGGUCCCCUACCUACUACCUUUAAUGAUUUCUGGAAUGUUAUAUGGCAGCAGGACGUGCGAGUCAUCGUUAUGCUCACAGCCGAGCAAGAGGGAGGGCAAGUCAAGGCGCAUAACUACUGGGGAAACAAUCAAUAUGGCCCUUUGCAAUUGAAGUUUCUUGGCGAGCACCGAGCAUCGCUAGAACUUUCUAAGAUCCAUCGUAAAGACAGACCCUCGCUGGGCCAGCGGCGUUCAACAAACCCGCCACAAUUGGGAAGAGCACCGAAGGAGUCCCCAUCCCCAAGCUUCGACUCGCCUUAUGUUAUUGUCCGCAAAUUUACAUUGUCCCACGCCGACCACCCAUUUGCGCGCAUGCGAGAGAUCACUCAGCUGCAAUAUUCAAGCUGGCCUGACUUCGGCGCACCCGCUCACCCAGCGCAUCUGCUUGGCCUCAUCGAACAAUGCGAUGCGGUCGUCCGUCAGGUGAAUGGUGGGCAGCCUUCAGGACCUGAUCCUCCCAACAGCCGGCCCAUUCUUGUGCAUUGUAGUGCAGGUUGCGGCCGUACCGGCACUUUCUGCACUGUCGACAGCGUUCUCGACAUGUUGAAGCGUCAAAGACAGGAGCGCAACACGCGUCAAGGUACCCCGAUGGAUGUAGACUCAAACCAGAAGAGCAAUACCUUCCCUGGUGCUUCGGCAGUCGGAAGCAAAACGGAGAUCAUGGACGAGAGCGAUCUUGUCGAAAAAACGGUCGAAGAUUUCAGACUCCAGCGCCUCAGCAUGGUCCAAAGCUUACGGCAAUUCGUGUUAUGCUAUGAAAGCGUUCUAGAGUGGCUUGUCGAACAACAGCCAAAGUCGGCAUAGGUAUGCAUAAUGGUCUUUAACAGGCGACUGGAUGUAUCAUGAAUGAAGGUAUGAUGGGCAUGGCAUGGACGAUUACGUUGGUCAACUCGAAUUGAGUUUUCCUCGCUCAUUGGGACGGCGUUAUGUGCUUCAGAACGCACCUAGCAUCUUAUAUACAAAGGAAGCGCAGUCAUGCACAAGUCAGUGUGGAAUGCAUAGAAUCUGGACCAAGUUUCUUUCUUAGCUACUCGCCUAGGCGCACUUUUAUGUACAACAAAAACUCGACGACGUAAUGAGCCACUGUAACCAAAUUCAGAAUUUCUAAAACUAGACUAGUAUAUAGAUUAUUUCAUGCGUGAC